AACCACAGAAGCAUAAAGACGGAGAGAGGCCGUUGCAUUUUCCGGCGAGACGACGCUUCCACGGACUGAUUAGUCAAUCAUCGGUUGCUUAUUUCUCCGCUUCCUCUGGCUUUGUGAUUCGAGUAUUUGUCUCACCAAACCGUUGCUAAAAUGGCUUAUUCAAGGAACAUUUAUGAUAAUAAUGGUGCUGGAUUAGAAGAUACUGUGUAUCGUUACUUGUGUCCUGUGAGGAAAGCAGGGAGUAUUAUUGGGAGAGGUGGUGAAAUUGCAAAGCAGAUUAGGUCUGAGACGAAAGCAAACAUGAGGAUAAACGAGGCUUUACCGGGUUGUGAUGAGCGUGUUGUUACUAUAUAUUCUAAUAGCGAGGAGACCAAUCGUAUUGAAGAUGAUGAGGAUUUUGUUUGUCCUGCUUUUGAUGCUCUUUUCAAGGUUCAUGAUAUGAUUGUUGCUGAAGAAUUUGACAAUGAUGGUGAUUAUGAUAACGGUGAUGAGUAUAGUGAGAGACAAACAGUUACUGUGAGGAUGCUUGUUCCUUCGGAUCAAAUUGGUUGCCUUAUUGGGAAAGGUGGACAAGUUAUUCAAAAACUGCGUAAUGACACUAAUGCUCAGAUUCGUGUUAUAAAUGAUAAUCUUCCCAUUUGUGCUUUGGCUUUGAGUCAUGAUGAGCUUCUUCAGAUAAUUGGAGAUCCUUCUGCUGUUAGAGAAGCUCUUUACCAAGUUGCCUUUCUGCUUUAUGAUAAUCCAUCACGAUUUCAGAACUACUUUCUGUCUUCUUCUAGUACCCUGCAGCAUCAACCUGGUGGAAUUCUAAUGAGUCCUGCAAUAACGAGUUCUCACAAAAAUUACUCUGCACCAAGAGAUGCUGCCGAUGCAAGAGUGUUUUCUAUCUGCUUCAUAUGUCCAGCUGAAAAUGUUGGAGGUGUAAUAGGAAAAGGUGGCUGUUUCAUUAAUCAGACUAGGCAAGAAUCUGGUGCGACCAUCAAAGUCCAUACCCCAGAAACUGAUGAAGAUGAUGAUUGCAUAAUUUUCAUAUCAGCAAAGGAGUUCUUCGAAGAUCAAUCCCCAACGGUGAAUGCAGCCUUACGCUUACAAACGCGAUGCAGUGAGAAAGUGGGGAAAGAUUCAAGUGAUUCUGCAAUCUCUACUCGUGUACUUAUUCCAAGUUCUCAAGUAGGGUGCCUCAUUGGAAAAGGUGGAGCUCUUAUAUCCGAGAUGAGGAGUGUCACAAAAGCGAACAUCCGCAUUUUUCAAGGCGAAGAUGUACCAAGAAUUGCUCGUGAGAAUGAGGAGAUGGUCCAAAUAACAGGAAGUCUUGAUGCAGCAAUCAAAGCUCUUACGCAAGUGAUGCUGCGAUUAAGAGCCAAUGUAUUUGACAUGGAUCGUGGUCUUGUCUUGCUUCCAACUUUCUUUCCUUAUAUUUCUCAAACAAUAGAGACUUCAAGCAAGCCUAGGCAUAGAAAAGGCGAGAACCAUCCUCAUGGUUCCGAGGAAAUUGCUAGGAAUGAAGACUAUGGUAGUCAAACGAACUUAAAGUCCCCAAGAAGAAACCGAGUUUAUUGAUCACCAAAACCAUCUUAAAAGGUUACCGUUCUAUGUUUUAAACACUUAUAGAUUCUGGAAUACUUUUUAAAAACACUUGGGCGUUUUUUGGAAUCCAAGAAAAAGAGGAUUUGGGUUUAUUUUGUGCCUCAAGAAUCUAUAAAUGCGGGAAGUUUGAAAAGAAUGAUAAUUUUUUUUCUUUCGUAAUCCUCAUGAAAGAUUACAAUGUUUCUUUUAACUUUUCGUACUCGUACUUUGCUUUAGUUUCCCUCCCUCAAGUAUAAUUAAAAAACCUUAUCAUUUGGUGCUUC